AUGGGGGACGUUUCACCAACUCCGCAUCAGCUGUUGGUGGAAGCUGUCAUCUUCUGGAGCAUAGGAGUCGUGAUUUUCCUCGGACGAAUUAUAUCGCGAAUCAUCGCCAAUGGCUCCAUUAAACGUUUAUAUUGGGAUGACUAUGUCAUGAUAGGAACCUUCAUGAUAUAUACUACGUUGCUGGUCUUGAUUCAAAUAUCCUCUCGCUACGCAACAAACCUCAUGGACCCGAAAGACUAUGAUGAAGUGUUGGCAGACCCAAAACAAGUCCGCGACCGGAUCUUCGGAAGCAAGAUAGUCAUCGGAGUAGAGCAAUGCAUGCUGUUCUCCACAUGGGGUGUCAAAACAUGCAUGUUGAUUCUCUACUGGAGGAUUACCCAAAACCUGCGCUCGAAUCUUUAUAUCAAGAUCCUAGCUGUAUACGUCACACUGGGCUUUGUCGUUAUCAUGGUCUGCUACUAUGCGGUUUACUGUCGACCAUUCUCACAAUAUUGGGCGAUGCCAGUGAGCAACAUGCAAUGCGCCACAUACCAGCGCUACUCAAUCACGCAAGCCGUCUUCAACAUCUCAUCAGACGCAGUGAUGUUCGCCAUCCCAAUUCCGCUUCUGAUCAAAGCCCAAGUCAAAAAGGCAAGAAAGGUUGUCCUGAUCGGCGUCAUGAGUCUGGGUCUCUUCACCAUAAUAGCGGCCAUUCUCAACAAAUACUUCAACUUCGCCUCGCCACUUACCACCACUUAUCAAAUAUGGUACAUUCGUGAAGCCAGUACUGCAAUAUAUGUCGCCAAUCUGAUGUGCUGGUGGCCACUACUGCGGAAAAUCUUUGGUCUUACUGCCUUUUCUUACAACAGCAACCGAGGCCGACGCGCCAACGACCAAAACAAGGAUAGUGGGUACUCCGGGUCUUUAUCGCAAUCGCGCCCAUCCUUUUCUCGCACUCUCGAAAGGCUCAAGCCUCCUUGUCGCAAGCAUGCAAAAAAUGUUCCAACUGCAAGAAACUCUCGACAUGGCAUUGCUCACCGCUCGAGCCAAGAAGCCAUAACGCGAGGUUCUGGUGAGCAUGAUGGUGCGAGCCAAACUGAAGAGUACAUUAUGGACGUCUGGAGCAAGAAUAAUAGCCAAGGUGAUGAGAUCGAAGAUUCAAGUUCGGCCAGUAUGCGGCUACAUCCGCCUUUGCAGCGAAGUCCUUUGAAAGAACCACAGGACCAGAUCAACCGGACAGUUUGA